GAGCCACUACAACCGGCGUUUUCUGCGCGGAUCUGGUUCUUUGGCCUGGGCGUCCUCCUGAAUGUUCUGUUAAGCGGCGCGUUGAUCCUGGGAUGCACACCCUUCCAGGAUGCCUUAGUGCGGCGGUACGGCUACUCCACCGCUGAUGCGACCACCAUUUGGGGCAACGGCUUUCAGAUCCUGGUCAUGGGCACCGCUCUGACGUCUCCCAUGCUGGACGUGAUCGGGCCGAGGUGGUUUGCAGCCAUCGGCUUAAGCUCUGAGUGUGUCGGCCUGGGAGUCCUGGCGCAUACGGCCUCCUACGACCAUGCAGUCCUGAUUCUCUCUUUCGCCUAUGGCCUCGUGGGCCUAGGAGGAAAUAUGCUGAUGCUGUCCAGUAUGCCCUUCUGCCAGCUUUUUCGGCGCAGUAGCACCGCAGCCUCCAUUAUGAUGGGCGCCUACCAGGCUGCUGGCUUCGUGUUCAUGUUGCUUACUCUGGAGGCCUUU